AUGGGGCGGCUUGUUUCAAUUUCUUUUCUUGAUUUUCCUACGAGAGCGAAGCUAACAGAUUUGUGCCGUCCGUGUGCUCUUUCGCACCACCAUUUUUAUCCCUCCCUGUCUUUUUUUUUUUUUUGUUUUUUUUUUUUCUUUUGUCUGUUUGAAUAUUCCCUAUUCAUUAGCGUGGAUGGGGGAGUGUGGCAAUUUGCUGCUGCAAUGGUCGUUUUUAUUAUGGGUGCGCCAAGGGCCAAAAAUGGAGCCCCAACAAGCCGUUCGAUUUUGUCGAGGAUGCAAAGUGUUUCGUAUCCCCAGGUAAUUCCUGUUGCUGCUGAGGCUCAGCAAAACCUGGGAACGUCACUUUCUUUGGAUAAGCCCAAAGUUGUUGAGAGACGCGCCAGCCUGAGCAGCGGAAUUAUACCCCUGCGUCGUUACAGUCAUACGGAUGCCAUCGAUGAGGAUUUUGGGAGUGAACGCAUCUCUGAAAUUUGCAGGCAAAAGGAACUUAUUUUUCAGGCGUUUUUGCGUGAAAGUGAUGAAAUGGCAGGCACAAUGCUCCACGGACACGUAGGGUACAGUAUUCUGUCUGAAAUGGACUCCCCCCUCUCUUUAUCUCGUCGGACAUCACCAUGGAAACGUUCCCGUACUCCUUUUUCUUCUCAUGGUCGGGCGAUACUUUACAUCCAUGAGUCGUCGCUGUCGGUGCCACCCGUUCCUUGCCGAGGCGAUCUUUUUUAUGCCUCUCUCAGACGCCGUUCAGUCUGCAUCAGUAAUUCCUCUGGAUAUGUUUCUCCUGUGGCAUCGCCAAUGAAGAUGCUUCCAUUGGAUGUGAAGAUGUUUGCGUUGAUCGUGCUGGAGGAGAUGAUGGCACGCCACGACCUGACGCUUCGCGAGGAACGUUUACGGAAGCGAAUUGAGGGUAAAGAGGUGACUGCUUUUUUGCGUGUGCAUUUUGUUAUCCGAACCAGUGCGCAUUUUCAUCAGACGCGGCUUUUCUCUUUGAAAGAUAUACGGCGCGAGGAGCUGCAGUACCUUCGGGAUGGCAUUCAGCGGCGCGCCAAGCAACAAGAGGAGGAGCAUCGCGUAUUUAUGUGCCGUCUGCAACCGGAGCGAUUGCCGCCAAUUAAAAUCCCAACUCUCACAACUGCUGGGCAGCCUUACGGGUGCACUCGCGUGGACCUUGAAGUUGCAAAGGCAUUGGCAAUGGAAGAAAAGACGUGGGAAGCUGCAGGCGGGCGGAAAAGGUUUUUUUUCCCUCAGAUUCUGUAA